UGCCCCUUGUGUGUCUUUCCGUAUGUGUGCGCAUGUGUGUGUGUGAGAUGCCUGGGGAGUGUGUGUGUGAUAGCAAGUAUGUGUGUGUGUGUGUACCAAGCAGUGCGAAAACUGGGGGCUCCAGUAGGGCAGGCUCCCCCCGCCCGGAACUCCCCUCUGGCCCCUCCCCAGCCCCGGCAGGCGGGACCCCCCACGGGAGCCGAGGCAGGCGACGAGGAGGACGAUGCGGACCCGGAGCAGGGGCUCGGGAAGCCCGGGCCGCGCCAGGCAGGGCCGCUUUUGCCCAGUUGUAUCACGUUACAUUUACCGCGCGUGCCCGCGCCGUGGCGGCUGCACUCCGGCGGCUGCCUCAGGGCCCGGGGCCAGCUGGGGCUCCCAGGGGUCCGGCAGGACGGGGGGGGGCGGGGGCGGGACGUCUAUGGCGUUGUGUCCUGGCAGCCGUCCUGGCACGUGCGCGGUCGGCACACCGCCCCCGCCAGCCCCGGGGCCGAGCCCGCAAUUGCCCGCAGCUCGCGGGCGCGCGUCGUAGGCGGGGGAAUACGGUAGCCGGAGACUUCGCGUCGUAGGCGGGGGGCGGGGGGUGAGCCGCCCCCGUCGCGGGGCGGGGUCCUGCGCUUGGGGCCCCCAUCGUAGCACCCCGUGGGGGGGGGGGCAGCAUUAACCCCUCAGGUGCCAGAGCCCGCAAGGGGGGGGCAUUUGCCCAUGGCGAGGGAUUACCCUUCUUCCACGGGGGGGUGCUGCCAUUUGCCCAUGGGGGGGACUUUCCCUUGCGGGGGGAGAGCUGGUGCCAAAAAUGCCCCCCUCCCCGGCAACUAUGGGGGGGCAGCCCGACCCCGCGCGCGGAGCCCCCGGGGCAUUUCGAGCCCGACGCCUUCACCGCUCGGGGCGGCCACGUCACUCCGGGUAUGACGUCAGCGCGGGGUGACGUCACACCGCAGGGCACAGCUUGCCCCCCCAGCAGAGCGCCGGGCGUUACCCGGGGAGGGGGAGGGGCGCGGGGGCCGCCGGGAAGGGGGCGGGGCGUUGCCGGGCACCGGCCCGAUGGCGGCGGCGGCGGCGCUGGUCCCGUGGCGGUUCCUGGCGCUCGUGGCCCAUCUCGUCAUCGUCAUCGGCGCCUUCUGGGCCCGGGAGGACAACGUCCGGGCAUCGCUGCCCCUGGACCACACGCCCGAGGAGUACGGCCGCCGCGACACCGAGCUGGUGGUGGCCCUGUCGGUGACGCUGGGGCUCUUCGCGGUGGAGCUGGCUGGCUUCCUCUCAGGGGUCUCCAUGUUCAACCCUCUGCAGGGCCUGCUCUCCUGCGGGGCCCACGUGGGCGCUGCCCUUGCCCUCCUCUUCGUCCUCUUCGAGCAGUGGGACAGCGCCACUUACUGGGGGAUCUUUGCCUGCGGCAGGUGCCCCUGGAUCAGGGCUGUCCGGGUCCCGGGUGCUUUCCCUGACAAGCAAGCGCAGCACUGGGGGCGCAUUGUGGCGCAGCCAUCAGCCUCUCCCUCUUCCUGAGCGCGCACUGGGAGAGUGCCUCCUACUGGUACAUCCUGGGCACCUGCAGCUUUCAGGGGGAAAAUGGUCCUAAGUGAACUCCAGUUCUACAACCAGAAAUUGAUAGCAGAGGGCAGUGAGGACACACUCAAAUCCACCUGGCACAGGAUCUUCCAAGACCUCCCCCAGCAGGGAGACGGAUAGCGAGACUGAAGAGGACAAAGGAGGACAGCAGCAGUGGCUCCUCCAGCGGGAGGGACAGUGACACUGACACCAGAUGAACUGAGAUUUUAAACCCCGUAACCAGGGGGUGGACUAAAGCAGCGGUUCUCAGCCCGUGGGUCACAAGAAUACAGGCAGUCCUCGACUUAACAACGUUUCGAGUUACAACGUUUCACACUUACAAUGUUUAUAAAUUGACACCCUGUUUCAACUUUCUGACGUCAGUUUCGACUUUACAACACUUGAUCUGACACCAAGCCACGGCAGCGAACAUGUUCGCUGCGUCACCCAUCUCCCUGGAGAACGUCUCCUUGGACACUUUCUUUAAAAAAGCAGACGAGACUCCAGACGAACCUGCAGCCAGCACUCCUGAGAAGACUCCAGCCAAGAACCCUUCAAAAAGUCCAGCAAAGUCACCUUGAAGAAGUCCUUCCAAACAAUAUGAUUGCUAUCUACAAUAUAAAUGCAUUAAUGUAGCUAUAUUACUCAACUAUAAUUGAUAGAGUACAAAAUUCUGGGUUAUUUUUGGUGAAAAUAGGGUAUUGGGCCUUGGUUCAGGAACCAAUCCCCCAUUUAUAACAUUGUUUCCUAUGGGAAAAAUCGAUUCCGAGUUACAAAGUUUCAUGAACCAAUAGUGGUGUAAGUCUGAGGACUGCCUGUAUACGAAAGGGUUGCAAACAAACUUUAAAAAACUGAUUCACUGGA